AUGGGCGUGGGGCUCACACGUGCCGUGCUCAUGCUCGCUAUGCUUGCUGAAAUCACGGAGUCACAGACAUUGGUCUCGGCCGGUCCGGCACGGGACUGGGCGGCUUGCGUCCAGUCCAGGGAGUGGUCGGCAUUCCGGCAUCAGGUCAGUGCCACCUUGGUGGAAGCGGGAACUGAGACUCCGACGGUGGGGCGGGAUUUGGUUAGAAAGGCGCGGGUGCUCCUUCAGCGGUGGCAGGUUCCGGCUGGACAGUGGCAGGUCAUGCUGGGCGGCGCCCGGCCUGCUGGCGAGUUGGAAGAAGCACAUUGCGGAACAUCCGUGGACGUGACCCGUGGUGUCCUUGCUCAGGAUACCAGUCGCGGAUUUCACCCCUACCAUCUUCUAACAUUGCCUCAUGACAGUCCUGCCUGGAGAGAGGAGGACUUUCUGCGAUGGCGCCGGGACUUUUGUUAUUUGGGCUAUGUGGUGGCUCUCUACGUGCGAUCUGCUUCGCGCAUUGGCCGCUCCAGGGCCUUGCAAGAGGAAGAGAAUGUGAAGCUGUCAAGGGAGGAUUUGCAGACUGCCUCGUCCAUGCUGGGUCGCUGCCGGGAGAUGGACUUUCUGGAUCGCUCCGUGUGGGGUCUGCAGUCCCUGGACCUCGACGUGAGUCUGCUGCGUCUCGGGAGUCCCAUGCCGCAGCCCGCCCAGGGCGAGGCUCCCCGCAUGGGCGGAGCGCCAUUUGCGGUCGCGGCCUGGCGCGGCCUGGCGGAGGACUUCCCCACGGAGCACCGGAACGCCCAGCAGAACCUCUGGCAGGCUUUAGGGAACGGUGCGAGGUUCCGAAGAAGUCUGGAGGCCCAGGUCGCGCGGAGCGUGGCUUCGGGAUCGCUCACUGGCUGGCAGGGCCCAAAGCCUCACUGGCGACAGCGGCCGAUAGAGGUGGCCCUCUUUGCAGUGCCUGUUUGGUAUGCCACGGAGUUCUUGGUCGGCAUUCUGCGUUGGCGUUUCCCUGCUUUACCGGUCUCGGUCUUCUGCGCACCUCUAGGAGGCUACAACUUACCAAGGUCAAACGAGCUGCGACACCUUGUCGAGCCUUUGCUGCAGGAACCCGCAGAGCUGCAGGUUUUGCGCUUGAUCGAGGGCUACUGCUGCAACUGGGAGGAAGUGGAUUUCCAGGUGGUGCGAGUUGCCUUGAAACAGCUGGCUCGCAGGCUCGCGCGCUCAUCCUUUUCCUUGCUGGUCUGUGCCGGGCCACUCUGGCUCUGCCUGCUCCUGCGAGAGGAGGGACUCGACUUGCCGCUGCUGGCCCAUUGCCUCACCUUCCAGGACCUGGAUUACCCAGGCGACAAAGACCAGAACGUGGCUUGGGUGCACCGGAAGAUCCUGGAGAACUUUGGUGCCGCGCCUGGCUCCGGCGGCUCCGGCGGCUCCGGCGGCUCCGGCGGCUCCGGCGGCUCCAGCACUGGGGUCUUGGGGGUCUUGGUUCAGGACGACAUGCAGCGGGUCUACUACCCCAUGAUCUUCGACUUCACCCGGCAAGGGAACUUCAGCCAUGCAGGCCAGCUGAGCUUCUUCCAGAUGCCCUACAUUCAGGCUCGCUACACGCAGCGUCGUCUCAGUGAAGUGGUGAUCCUGAGGGAAGGCACCACGAAACGUUGGACCCUCUCGCUCCGGGGCCACCUUUGGUACCUGAAGCUGAAGCAGAUGGCCGCGGCCCAAACGGAAAGAGAGCUGCGCUGCUGUCAACUGCGAUUUUUGAAGGACGAGUCGGCGAGGAUCCCUUACUCGGAGAUUGCCGAGCAUCGGGCCGCCGUGUUCUUUCCGGGCAUCGGCCAUGCCAAACUCACCUUGCAUGAGCUUCGGACGAUGGGGAUCCCCACCCUCUUCCCAGCGAAGAGUCUCAUGUACCGAGUGGAGGACCUGAUCCUGGACCCGCACCAGCCCUACAGCGGAAGCUACGACGGCUGUGGCUCACAGCUGGGCGUUGGGGCAAUGCGCUCCACGGCUCCGUGGAUUUUGUCGUUGUGUGGAUGGCGGCGCCACGCCUACUUCAUGGAAUGGUCCAGCUUCUACCGCUACCCUUAUUUUUUGCAUUUCGAGAGUAUCCCUCAUCUUUUUGCGCUCGUUGCUUCGAUGUCCUCGCCAGAGCUUUGGAGUCUGAGCCUAAAGAUGCGACGGCUCAAUGUGCGGCUCCGGGCGGACGAGGCUGGUGCACUGGUGAGGUGGGUAGGUGUUUUUGACUUGUUGCUGCGAAGCAGCGUGAGAGGUCACGGGGUGCCAUCAGAUUGGCGGGUUGGUCUUGCAGGUGAAGUUCUGGGGCGAUUUGAUCUUAGCCCUCGCCUCCACGGAGAAGAUAUUUCGGCCGAGAACCAGCGAAACUUUUGGGGCUGUUCGCAGAGAUCCCAGCUGCUCCUUCGGGCGAAAGGAAGAGAAUUCCACCGUUCGGUCCUGGCUGGCCUGCUGUGCCAGUACCUGUGGCAGCUGCAGCGACGAGAGGUGCAGGCAACGUGGCGAUCCUCGUGCCUGCUGCCCUUCGGAGUUAACACAGAAAGCCUGCAGCCACAACGGUCCGCCUUGUCGAAUGCAUCGCAUUCAUCAAGAUGUGGCUCCUUCGUAAACGUGGCGUUGCCCAAGAUUCCACGUGGACCAGAGCGAAGAGUUCAGAGCUUGUGA